AAUUCAUAUUUGAAGAAGAAGAAGAAGGAAGCCUGGACAAAACCUCCCAGAUUCCCGCAGACAGCAAUUGUUCCCAUGUUCUAAUCGUGUUUACUUUGUAACAAUGUGUUUUGGUUUUAUUAGCGGGUAUUUGAGACGAUAAUGCUAGAAGGUCGCAGUCAUGCGGUUCACACGGGACAUUUGCAGGCUGUUGGGGCUUGGGAGCGAAACCCCCAGUGCUCAGCGCCAGGAGGAGAUGGAAUGUGGAGCAGCUACCGCUGAUCCCACUGACGAUGUCACACAGGAACAGGACAUCAGUGGAGAGGACGGUCUGUCCGAGGAGGAGAAGGCCAAACACAGAGCGGCACGACGCAGAGCCAAGAGGAAGCGUCGACGGGAGCGCAAGAAGCUUGAGCAGGUGAAGAAGCCGGAGAGCACUGACCAGGAUGUGGAAGAUGAUGAUGGUGAAUCUGAGGAGGAAGAGGAGAAAGAUGAGAGUGAGUCUGAAGAGGAGGUAGAGGAAGAAGAGGAUAAAGCAGCCAUCCCUCGCUCCAAGCAGCCCCCCGUCCCAUCGCCAGCCCCCUCAGGAAAUAAAGGACCCCAGAAGACCGCUGCACAAACCUCUGAAGAGGAACCGGAGUGGGAUGUGAGCAGUGCGUUCUUUGCUAACGCUGCUAGCUACAUCAGGCCAAAAGGCUGGACCAAACCUGGCCGCAAGUCCAAAGAGAAUAAGGAGAACGAGGGCAGGACCAGAGAGGUUAAUGAAAAAGAUGCUGUGACCAAGAGAAGCGCCUUGUUGACAGAAAAAGGGAUCAAGCUGGUCCAGGAGGGCCAGUAUUCUCAGGCAGUCAGUAUGUUUACAGAAGCCAUCAGAUACGACCCAAAGGAUUACAGGUUCUUUGGGAACCGGUCGUACUGUUAUAGCUGUUUGGAGCAGUACCCCCAGGCCCUGUCUGAUGCUGAGAGGUCCAUCCAGCUGGCAACUGACUGGCCUAAAGGACACUUCCGCAAGGGUAGCGCACUCAUUGGCAUGAAGAGGUACAGUGAGGCGGAGAAAGCCAUGGAACAGGUGCUGAAGCUGGAUGAAGACUGUGAGGAGGCCGUCAACGAUCUCUUCAACUGCAAAGUCCUACAGCUUAUGGAGCUGGGUUUUGAGGAGAUGCAGAGUGUGUUGCUGCUGGAGAGAUUCACCACUGUACAGGCUGUACUGGCCUCACCUGAGGCUUCUAGGGUGGUGAGCCAGGACUCCUCCUUGGGCCUGCCAGGGUCCCUGUGUGCGUCUCUCUGGGUGGGGAACGUGACCGCUGAGCUUGCUGAGAAACACCUGUUGGACCUCUUUAAAACCUAUGGGGAGAUAGACAGCAUACGAGUUCUCCACGAGCGGUUCUGUGCCUUUGUCAACUUCAAGAACGCCAACAUGGCAUUGCGGGCCAUGGAGAAACUCAAUGGCUACAGUAUAGAGAACACAAGGUUGGUGGUUCGCUACCCAGACCGUCACACCCAGAGGGUUCUGCCAAUCCCCAUCAAGACUAGCCCCCCCGCAUCGCAACAGGCAGCUGCUGCUACUGGUCCCAGACGUCGUGGCCCAGUGAACGGAGAUGAGUGUUACUUCUGGAGGACCACCGGCUGCCAUUUUGGGGACAAGUGUCGCUACAAACACAUUUCUGAACAGAGGGGCAAAGACAGGAAGCCCUGGCAGCCCUGAGCACAGUUUCCUCCCCACCUCUGGGCUUAUAUAGAAACUGGAACCCCAUUACGGACACUGACUGAGCUGAUGAACUAUUAAAUUGGGCCGUGUUCUCCCCCCAAGGACAGCAGUAGGACUGUUGUUGUUAUGGAGGACAAUGUUAAGACUAAUAAAAUGGUGGACACCAUAAUUAAUGAGUGAACACCAUCAUUAAUCUAAGAGCACAUUAUGACUGUAAUAAUGGACCAAUUGACAGCAGUCCCACUUGACCACAGCUGGGCCUUUAGGCUCAUUAUGGGAACCAACCUCAAAAGCUUGAAGCCUUAAAACCUUACUAGCCUUGCAGUUAGCCUUACAGCUAGCAUCAGCCAGCAUCCGUUAACCUAGCCAGCCAUGGCCUCUCUCCCUCAGUCUAGUUCAAGGCUUAGAGGAAGGAUGAUGACAUAGAUUGUCAAGAUUCUCUAGGAGGGCUCCUUUCUCUGCUUUGGUGAAGGUAACCAACUGAAACAAUUUUCUAUGACAUCUCUGUUCUAUCCUUUGUUUGAUUUGAGGCUUGAUCCUGGGAAAGGGAAAAUGGGCGCGGUUUCUCUAGUAAGGGCAAGCUGCAGUCUCGGUCCCUUCAGCGCUGGCUAGGAAAGGCUAUGCUAUGCUAAGCUACAGCCACUACUGUCUGGAGUUUGUGGCCUGGGAAACUGUGCUGUCCUCGUCCUCCUUCUCUCAUUUCCCAACCACAUCUCUCUCUUCCUGUGCCAAUACCACCAGACCAGAACAGACCAGGCCCUCCACAUCAAAGGAUACCCAGCAUCCAUCCAGCAUGCAGCAGAUUCACCCUGACGUUUCAGUUCCUCCCUAAGAAAAUGGUGCCUCCCUUCCACUCUGCUUUGGUGCUAAGUCACCUGCCUAAUAAUAGGAUAAUGUUCCUUAGGCACCAAAUGGAAGAAAACAGACAAACAGGGAGGGACUACCUGGAUUUCUCCAAAAAUAAACGAAUUUUCCGUUGCCAAACAUUUUCUAAAAUGUUCCUUGGCAUACCCUGAUACCUAAUACCCUACACUGGGCUAUGGUCUCUGUGCCAUUGGCCUUAGCUAUGUGGGCCAUUGCAAUGUGCUUUCGCCCCUAGUGAAGAUAUAAUUUAAAAGAGAGAGUGGGGCAGAGAGCAGUACCACCAACUUAACAGAGAACCUAACUUGUUCUUCAGUGUAUUAAUGCAUGUUUCUAUUAUCUUUCAUUUUACCACUGUACCCGAUGGCCAACCGCUUAAAUGCACACAAUCUGUUGGGUGAUUAUGACACUGAGAAUUGACACCGACUUUUCUAUGUGUUUGUCAAGGUUUCAGUAAUUUUAGUUGUUUAGUUUGCUAGUUUUUAAAACAUCUGGGAAAUAAGCCUCUUGUUUCUAGAAUGAACCAAAUAUAUUUUUCUUGCGGUUUCCAUCUACCCUCUAUUCUCUAGAGACCCCUCACCCUCUUUGUGUCCUAUGAAGGGACAGAAUCACUGAAUUUACAGUGCAUUUUAAAGGUAUUCAGAGCCCUUGACUUUUUCCACAUUUUGUUACGUUACAGCCUUAUUCUAAAAUGGAUUACGUAAUUUUUUCCCCUCAUCAAUCUACACACAAUAUCGCAUAAUGAGAAAUUGAAAACAGGUAAAACAUUUUUUGAACAUUUAUAACAAAUAAAAAACAUACCUUAUUUACAUUAGUAUUCAGACCC